CUCCCCCCCGGAUUCACUUUCCCUCCUCGCACGACAACAGAAUGCUCGCUUCGCCUCGGUACCCCUCUGCCCAAGAACUCGCAGGCUACGAUUUCCUUCUUUCUACCGCGGCCUCCCCUAUCCAUGCACCUUCGCUUGAUAUCCGUGGCCGUCAGACCCAAUAUGUCGAGUCCACGGCCCAGCGUCGCGAGCGCAUCGAAUUUUUGAAGAAGCGCGAGUGGGCUCGUCGGGUCGCGGAGUGGAUUCGCGAGACCAGCGCGCAGCAGGACGUAAUGGCAUUUGGUUGCUCAGGAACUCUUGCACGCUCACGCUCAAACUCCCUGGAGGACUUGCGUUGCAUCACCCCUUCGCCCAAGUUGGCACCCCCUGUACAUGCGGAUGAAGAACCAUAUGUCAUCUAUAGUUCUUCGUCGCCCUCUUCCUCCGUGUCCUCCCUGUCAGAGGAUUUGUCUCCGAUCUACUCCACCGGGGGCAACGUUUCUCCCCGUCUUGCGGCUUCGCCACCGCCAGGCCGCCACCAUCGCAAGCGCAGCAGCGCUAGCCUACGGGGCCCACACCGCCGUCCAUCCCUCUCCAGCAUUUGCGAGGAGCCCGAGGAGGACUAGAUGCUUUCCUCCAUCGUAACCCACCCUGUUCUCGGCGCAAUUAACGUGCCGUAGCAGUUCAAUCAGUUGAGCGGCGUUGAUCGCUCGCUCUGCUCUCCCAUCAUCACCCAUCAGCGUUACCAAAAGAACAACGCGCGCAUGCUCGGCCGGGUGCGAGCGUGCGUACGGGUCUUUCCGUCCCUGGUUUCUUUCUGUGUCUCAGCAUAUACAAGCAUGCAUCCAACCCCCGUCGCUACGGGUUCGGGCCUAUUUAUACCUCUGCCGCCGUAUACCCUGCAGCAUUCCCAUCCCCACCGCUGACAUGCAUCCCACCCGGACCAAGUUGCUCAGGCACAUGCUCCGUUUGAGCUGGCCGGUUUUGUCUCCGGUGUGUGCAUCGUCACGCAAUCCCCACAUACAUCCCCUCCGUCGCAAUUUUUACAUACCGUCCGAAGCUAGAGCCUGAUCGGGUCUCUCCAUCUGUGUUUGUGUUUGAUGCAUCAAGAUUACCGGACUCUACUAUGUACAUGUACUAUUAGUUGCUAUAGCCUACUUAACAUCAAUUGAUUCCCCC